AUGUCUCAUCAGACUGGUAUUGAAGCUAAUGCAGAAUUAAAGAAAUACUUCACUAAGUGCAGGGAUGGCAAAAUUCGUGUUCUGAAAGUCAGCAUUGACAAUGAACAGCUGACACUAUCCAAAUAUCAGCAGGUGAAAGGUUCCUGGGAGCAUGACUUUGAUAAAUAUGUACCCCCUUUAGUAGUAGAUGAUCUUCCUUGCUACAUUUUAUACAGGUUUGACUCAACAAAUUCCGUCGGUCAUGAAUGGUUGCUCCUUAGCUGGUCUCCAGACAGUGCUCCAGUCAGGCAAAAGAUGUUGUAUGCAUCAACGAAGGCCACGCUGAAACAAGAGUUUGGAACAGCUCAUAUAAAAAACGAAAUGCAUGCCACCAGCAAGGAUGAAGUCUGCCUUAAAGGAUACAAAGCACAUUUGAGUGGUGUAAAUGCACCAGCACCACUCACUGAUAGGGAAGAAGCCUUGAAAGAACUCCAACACAAUGAGCAUAACCCUAAUUAUGGCACAGAUUCAAGACAGUCAACAAUGGGUGGAGUUGCAUUCCCUAUCACUGAAGCGGCGAAACAAGGCAUUAUUGAUCUUCAACAUGGUUCCUACAAUUAUUUACAAUUUAAAAUAGAUAUAGAUGAAGAAAAGAUCCAUUUGUCAAAAGCGGCUGUGAUACAAACAACAGAGUUACCUAGACAAGUGCCAAAUGAUCAAGCAAGAUACCAUCUAUUUAUAUUUAAGCAUACACAUGAGGGUGAUUAUUUAGACAGUGUUGUGUUCAUUUACUCCAUGCCUGGAUACAGUUGCAGUAUAAAAGAAAGAAUGUUAUAUUCAAGUUGCAUUGGAACCUUCUUAGAAAUAAUAGAAAAGUUGGGUGUUGUAAUUGCUAAGAGAUUGGAAAUCGAUGACGGGAAAGAGUUGACCGAAGAAUUUUUAUACGACGAAAUACAUCCGAAAAGAAACCUUCACAGACCAGCUUUUGCGAAACCGAAAGGUCCGCCGAACCGGGGAGCAAAAAGGAUUACAAAAUCGCAAACCACUCAAUAG